CGAUAGUCUCGUCCUUGUGGAGCCAUAACCAGCUGGUAUACACCUCUGUGGAAGAAGCCACUACUGUAUGACAUCUUCAGAGCUAUGAGGCACACAGCACGGAGGUCCUAUAGACAGCAGGUUUAAGCAUGUGAGCUAUCGCCUGGUGGUGAAUGAAACAUGGAGGGAGCCAGCUUCACCAUCUUAGUCACAGUUCAGAAGAUCUAUUACCCUCUCCUUUGCAUCAUUGGUAUACCAGCCAACCUCUUCACCUUCUACAUGAUCUGCUUCCGUAAAUGUGGGAUGUCCGACACGGCCAUCAUUUACCUGAGCUGUCUUGCCAUCGUGGACACCUUCUACCUGGUGUGGGUUAUCCUUAUUGACCUGACCCUUACCUUUUGGCUACUGCAGCCCUUCUGGCACUCUCACCCCUGGUGUGGCAUUUUGGGCUUCCUGCAGUAUGGAUCGCUCUACAGCUCCUCCUGGAUGGUGGUGGUGUUCACCAUCGAGCGAUACCUCGUCCUCCGCAGCACUGCGGCCAAGCAGCACUUCUCCCAGGCCUGGGUCACUAAACUGACCUGUGUGGCUGUCGUCCUGGUGUCACAUCUUGUCUCUGUGCCACUGGGCUGGAUCAACGUUGUCUCACCUGUCAAUAUUACUGUGGACGGGGAGAAUGUGACUCUGCCUAGGUGUCAUUAUCGCAAUGAGACCUACUCUACUGUUAUAGUGUGGAUAACCACAUUCCUCUCAGGUGGAAUUCCCAUUGUGUUGGUCAUGAUCUUCAACUACCUCAUCGGGUAUCAUCUGUGCCGCGCCAGCAACCUCUUCACCAAGGAAGAGCGUCGCGUUAUGCAUGGGAGGAGCACCAGGUGCAUGUUGAGGAGGACCAUCCUGCUGCUGGGCACCGUUUCCGUGGCCUUCGUAGUGCUCAGCCUGCCCCGCUUUGUCACAUACUGCAUCUUGAGGACCAAGUACAACAACGAGGACUUCAACAGGAACGACUACAGCAUCCCCAUCAAUGUGGCCGGAGACUUAGCUAACAUGCUGCAGAACCUCAACUCCAUCACCAACUUCCUGCUCUACUGCAUGGUCAGCAGGCGUUUCCGUCGGGAGCUGGUCCAAGUAGUGACUUGCAAUGCGAAGGCACAUGAGCUUGGCUCACUCCUCACCCACAACACCAUGAAAGUCUUCUCAGUUGUAGAUCAUAAGGCCUUGUCAUGCAGCGGCCCUGCGACUGUGGUGCUAACCAAUCUCAAAAAGUUAUCUUAGAAAGAAUCUGGAGGAAUGGACAAAGAU